GUCACUGUCAUGGCGGCUUCAGGAUACAAGACGAUGAAGGUUCGGUAGAAAAGUUUGCUGUGUCUCGUUUUGGAGUACUUUACCACGUUAUAACAACUCAGCAUGACAAUUUUAUAAGAUGUUACCAUAACAACCAGCACUAUGGGUUAGAGAGAGAGCCAACACCACCAGUAUCCAUGACAACCCCUAGGGAAGAAUUAUUGUUCCGUUUAAUUUAUAGAAAGUUCUAAAUCUCCAUCACAAUGGAUGGGAAUCCCCAGGCACUCAAGGAUGUCAUGGGAAACAUCCAGUCCCAGCUGGAGAGGGGGCUCCGAAUGGGGAAUCCCAAUGCUCAGAAAGCUGCUAUAGCCAACCUCAAGAGAAGAGACCAGACUCUGAGGAUCAAAUUGGAAUAUAAUGGAGAGAAAAGGAGUAUUUACAUGAACCGUCCGGUGACGUACGACAACCUCCGAUGUAAGGUGCGGGAGAUGCAUAACAUGGAUAUGAACAUGUUCUUCACACAGGCUAAUGGAGAGAUGAGAGUACCAAUCCAGAAACAGACGGAUCUAGAGACUGCCAUUAACUUAGUGGACCAGAACAACAAGAUCACCAGUCUUCGUAUUUUCCUUACCAUACCUGCGUCAUCUGACGGUCGUGACGGUCGUGACACUGUGUCCUCCAGACACGGACCACCCUCUGUCGCUGACAGUGCCUACGGCUCACAGUCAUACCGAGAGUCUCCUAGUCCACCGCCGGGGUCGUUACCUCACAAUUAUAACCACAGUGUCUCGUGUGGUUCCAUACACAGCGAAGGCGAGUUUAUUCCUGAGGAUGAGUCUAUGGUCAGUAAGUAUCACACAGAUAGGUCCCUCACUCACUCCGAUAGUCACACAUCACUGAACAGUAGUUACCUGAGCAAUCAAGGCGAUACGUAUCCGUUCAGGAUGCGAUCACAUUCCAGACGAAGUAUUUCAUCCGAUUCAUUUAAAGAUGACCGUGGAUCUGACUACAAACCUGUCAAGUCUGGGACGUUUCCGCGAGGAUUUGAUGUUUCCCACGCACCUGACCUCGAUGGCAGGAUGACCUUCCCAAGGUCAGGGAAUAUGUCAGGUCGACGGCCGGACAUAGGUUCCAGUAAUUUUCAGAGUCGGUCCACAAUUUCCCGGGGGAGUGAAGGAACACUAAGCACAAGUAGCAGUAGUAGUGGCCUCCCCCCUGAUCCAGACAUGGACUCACCCGAAGGGAGACUCAAACGGGGGAACGACUUGGAUAGUCCCAUACAUAAUUAUUCAGAUUUAACAUUUUCAAAGUCUCCUCGAGCACCAAGUAACUGGAAAAAAGGUCACCGGUUAGGGUCAGGGUCGUUUGGAGAGGUAUUUGUGUGUUACGACAAAGACUCUGGCCGGGAGCUGGCUGUCAAACAAGUCAACUUAAACCAGAUGAAUGCUGAGACCUCGAAAGAGGUGCGAGCAUUGGAAAACGAGAUCCAGUUAUUACGCAAUUUCCAACACGAGCGGAUCGUGUCCUACUUCGGCUGUCAUCAGGAUCAUAGCAUACUUUCUAUCUUCAUGGAGUACAUGCCCGGAGGUUCAAUCAAGGAUGAGCUGGCGAAGUACGGCCCAUUAACGGAAGGCGUGACGCGGAAAUAUACACGUCAGAUGCUUGAGGGGCUAGCCUUCCUUCAUAAAAACGUCAUUGUACAUAGAGAUAUCAAAGCUGCCAACGUAUUACGAGAUUUACAAGGAAAUAUCAAACUAGCGGACUUCGGGGCCAGUAAGAGACUCCACACCAUUUGUAGUGCUACCGGUUUUAAGUCGUUUGUGGGAACACCCCACUAUAUGGCACCGGAGGUGAUCAACGGUGAAGGCUACGGCCGCAAGGCUGACGUGUGGAGUCUGGGCUGCACAGUGGUAGAAAUGAUAUCGGGAAAACCUCCGUGGUCAGAGUUAGAAUCCAUGGCCGCCAUUUAUAAAAUCGCCACCGCAGAGCGACCAGAGUUCGAACUUCCUCAAAGAUCAUCAGAAUUUAGUCGCGAGUUUUUACGUUUGACUUUUAGACGAAAUCCACUUGAAAGACCAAGUUCGGAAGACUUGUUACGGCAUCGCUUUACAGCUGGCUGACGGUCUUGCUCUAGCAACAAUUCAGCACUGUCUAUCAGGGGCAGGUAACUCCCUCCAUAAAACCGGUACAUGCCUUAAUAUCAUACGCUUGACCACAUCUCUAUACCAGCUGAGCUGUGUUUGAUCUUCGACUACUUGGAUAGGUAGUUUCACUUUCUUCGUCAAUAGUCUCAACACCCUGAAAUGUGGUCUGCCAAUUACUGUCAGCCGCUGUUUGGAAAUGAACGCCAAGCCCAGUGAUGUCUUUCAUUUUAUUCAAGAAAGAAGUGCAUCAUUUCCAGUAAAGUGCCGAUGAUCCACACAUGCAAGAAAGAAUCACGUCUCCAAAGUGUUUCUAUGUCUCCAGUCUUCAACACUGGAGAUAACUCAUGUGAAUAUUCAAGUGGAGUCAGGAUUAGGUACCGCAUUCUUCUGUGAAGCUGAUCACCUCAGAUUAUAAUAUAAAAUGUGGGAAACUGGAGUUUGUCGAAAAGAAUAUAAAGAUGGAGUCUGAUGAUAUUGAUGUCCAAGUCCAAGGAGAACUGACAAGAUUUCAUCCUGGUGAAGGGAGGAAUGGGAUGGAAACGUUCCCACGACAAAUCCGAGCUCUGACAUUGUAUAGGCAUGUAAGGCAAGAAAGGAAUUGUGAGCUCCGACCAAAAUGGCUUUGGUGUGACCCUCACAUGACCUUGUCGCAGAAAGACAUUAGGGUUUAAAGGGUACACGACUCCUGUUGGUCUAUAAAUACCACAAACGGUAUUUGAUUCCUGUAAAGUUGUAGACCAGGUGUAUUGGAACAAAUUGUUGUCCCAGUAUUUGAAGGAAAUUUUGAGUAUGCUUUGUUAAACUACACUAUCACAUGACCCAGAUCUAUAGAGACUUUCAAUAAGGGAAUUUCUGGAUUCAGUUUGACAAGGAGUAAGUCAGUUUUCCUAAUGAUUGCAUACAUGACAAUGUCUGGAACCCUCUCAAUGGAAUUUGUCCCUCUGAGCGAAGUCCAAGAGAGUCAGCACUGAAAAGUCCUAAGUUUGAAGGUUAAUGUUUAGAAAUGCUUUAGAACCAACUUAAACUUACCAUUAAAAUUUCCUGAUUUUAAAUUAAAACGCUGAAUGUUUAGGUUGUUUUUUCUUCCAUAAUUUUUUUUU